AUGGCUGGUUUCCACCACCCCGGGGAUCCUUAUUUUCCCAAUCAGGGAAAUAACGGGUGGCUGGAAGAACCAGAAGAGGAACCAGAGGAGGAACCUGAAGAAGACCCAGAAGAAGAUGAAGAACCAGAAGAAGAGCAUGAAGAGGAGCCCGUGGGAGGACCAGCGGAACCAUUGGUCGACUUGGACGAGGAGGAAGUAGAGGGCGACGACUUAGAUGACUCGGACACAGGGUUCGAAGUCAUCAACCCUCUAAAGAUGCCUCAAAGACCCAACCGUGGAAACAACACAACACCAACCUUGUCGAAAAUAAACUCAGUUGCAUUCCAAGUAGCAGUGUAUGUUGCAGUCACUACAGCACUUGCGCAGAUUCGCAAUGGAAACAACGAAGAAGGCAACGGACAGGGAACCGGAAGCACAAAUCAAGGAACAAACCACAGAGCCACAUGA